AUGGACUUCAUCGAGGUCUGUGAAGUGUUCGGUGGAUCCAUCUUUUCCGACGAGUAUCGCGGUAGCUAUGAGGAAGCAGACAGGAAGAUCAGAGCUCUUGGGGGCAACACUCCCGCAACGAUGGAUCCAACAUGUCAGUACGCCAGGAUUCUACUUCUGCGAGCAAUAUUCCACAUGCUCUCCGGAAACUUCCCCAAGGCUCGAGAAUGUAAUCAGUCUCUUCAAGAUUUACAGCACAGAGGGCUAGACGAGAGAUGGAAACUACGAAGCAAAAUAUACAGCUUCUACGGCAAUAUGUUACAGUAUCGGCUCCCUCUCAUCCGUUUCGCGAUGAUUCCUGGUGAUCCCUACGAAGGCUUGAAGAAGGAUGCCUCCUACCUGAAGAACAUGUAUCGCCAGGCGCAGCAAGCCGGGAUGGCCAUAUCAUCCUGCGGAUCAGCGGAAGUAGUUGAUAUGCUCGAGCAAGCGCUGGUACUAGACUUAUGGAAUUUCCUUGACUCUUUUCACUUUUCAUUUCUUGCACACCCUAAUUUCACGCCGUGUGUUACCACAAAAUCUCUCCCGCAAGACCAUCUGAAGGGCAUCAGCUUUGACAAUAUGCAAGUGCCUUACUUGUCUACCACAUUGGCUGAGUCCAUGAGUCGAAUGGGACCUGUCUUCACGAAUACCCUGGAGAGGUGGUCUAUCGACAUCGAGUUAGCGAGGGGAUCGGAAAAUGGAGGCAGCAGUCUCAGCCAACUCGGAUCCGAGUACGAGAAGGUUAAUGACUACGCUGGCCUAGGCCUUUCCAUGAACCUGAUCUGUGAGAUCCGAGAAAGUGGUUGGGCAAAUGUGGCUUGGGACGCGUUAGAGGAGACCUUCUCAUUGCACAACGAUAAGGCUGCUCAGGAGUGCUAUUCUCAAGCUCUUUUCUAUAUGGAAGCUGCAAACGCACCGAGAGGCCAAGCUGCUGUAUACUUGCGCAGGGCUUGCCUGAAUCAUGCAGAAGGCAUAUCGUCGAAGGCAGGUGCGGACAACGAGCAGUUCCGCCAAGCGGAGAGUGAUUUGUUAGCUGCACUUUCGCUUUUCGCGCAUGACGACAUGAACUCGCAAAUUGUUGUUUGUCAUCAGAUUCUGCUUGGCUGUAGCCGUGGCGCAUCUGAAUUAGCUAUAAGCAAAGCAAAGUACUUGGGAGGCGAAUUGCACAAAACGGAAAGCAGCGCAAUGUCCCACUUCUUGGGGAUCUUGAUGCUUCGAUUCGCUCACUCACAGUUCUCACGCAAUGGGAACGUCGACGUGGCAGCUACCUGUUGUCAAUGUGCCAUUGCCUACUACGCAGCACUCGACAAUCCUCUGGGUUCUCUUUGGGCAGCUGAAGCAUAUAUUACUCUUCUUAAAACGACGCACGACUGGACCUUGGCGGAGGCAAAGAUUAGAGAAACCAUUAAGCCUGCUGGAAUCCUACACGCUGCAUUUGCAUACAUUGAUGGCAUUCUGAGUCGGGACGCCAACCACCAGCAUCUUCAAGUUCCAAGGGCUUCACUUUUGCUCGAAUUUGACACGCUAGUCAAAUCUGUGUGUUCUAUGACCGGAAGGGAAGCUUUGAGGGUAGGGUGGGAAGAAGUUCGCCAGGCCCUUCAGCCGAGAAGACCAGUUAGUACUAUGAAAUUUUCACCUCUUAGUGCUGAAGCAAGAGCUCAUGUGAAUGACCCGCUACUUGGUUGUGGUGAAUCCGAGCAAGAACACUUCAUCCGGACAUAUGAGACCCGAAAUUCCUUUAUUACUGCGUAUUUUACCUCCAUUGACCACAGUUUUGAGGCCAUCGGAAGAGGUGACAUUGACGCUGCCGAGGCCCAGCUUCAGACAUUUAUCCACAGCUGUGAUUCUCAAAACCAAUUGAAGGAAAGAGAAAUACUUUCCCACAAAAUCCCAGCCUUAGCACAACUAAGUAGGGUGGAAGAAAUGCGACAGGAGCUCCCGCGAUUUCUAUCCGACUGGUUCUCCACGGAUAUUAGGGCGGAUAGCCGCCUAUUGUUUAAUCUUCGUAACAUGCCCAGUGAUGUUCGGGAACACGCAAUGGGGGUGCGUGCAAAUACAGCACACGAAGAUAUCGCCAUGUGUUUUAUCGCCCAGGCGUGGGAUAAGGGGUCCGUGAUACUGAGAAGAAUCUCGAAGACCUUACCCGAGUUCACUACGAAGAUAAGAACAGAGCCAAAGCCCGAUAGCUGGCAAUUGCUCACUUUUAUUGGCGCUAUCUACGAACGAGAAGGGAAUUUUGAGAAAGCCCUUGACAGUUUUCUGGGUGCUCUGUAUCAGCUUGAGAACUUAAGAUAUCUAAUCCCUAACCCCGACAGCCGGCGCAGGGCCUAUUCAUCAUUACACACCGCGGAAUUGUUUUGUGGACUUACGCGAAUAUCGCUCGCCAUGUCAUUGCAAAAUACUAAACAAAGCCCACAGGAGUGGCGUCUACCGGCGACUACCUGGAGAGACCAGGCCCUUAUUUUCAUGGAGCAGGGGAGAGCGAGGUCAUUACUAGAAAUACUACAGGCACAAAAGUCCUCGAGUACCGAAAGCAUCCAGAAGUGGAUGGACCAGUCAUACAGGGCUCGUGUGCUAUCUACAUUGGUACAGUCACGAUGUGAUCCCCAGGACGAAGCUGAUGUUACCAAGAGGGCUGCUAAGGUAGCCAAGGAGCUUGGUAUUCCCGAUAAUUCAUUCGAUCCCGUGGAGGAGGCACUCAAAGGCUGGCAUGAUACAACCGCACAGGUAUAUAAGAGUACAAUGUUUCUACCGGAUACGCGUGGACUUCUCGGCUCCAUUCCUUCUGGCUCAGCCGUCAUUGAAGUGGCUAUAUGUAUGAGCGGCAUAAUGGUUAUGUGCAUCUCAUCGGAAGGCAUUCAAUCUGUCCAUCAAUCCAGCCUCGGAGUUUAUCAAUUGCGAAGGCUCGUGGUAGCAUACCUCGGAAAAAUACAAGCCCUCCUAAAAGAUCCAGUUGGUGACAAGGCAGCCCAGCUAGCUGCGAGUCUGAGUGAUAUUGCUGCAAUCUUAUCUGCGCAAUUGAUCAAGCCAUUUACUGCAACCAUACGCAAAAGUAACGCUAUUAUCUUCGUACCCACAUCAUACCUUAAUGUCUUCCCUCUGAGCGCGCUGAUCUUGGAUGGGGAGCCUUUGAUUCUCAAAAAGCCAGUGUACCAAAUCCCUAGUCUAUAUGUUCUCCGACACCUCUCGCAUACAGCGUCAAACAUACCGCGAGCUACUGGAGCCUCUGUGUUGGCCGAUUGCGGAACUGGUCGGAAACAGUUGCAUUACGUUGGUCCGGAGGUGGUCUCUAUCUGCAACUCUCUGCGCGUCCUACCUACUGAGAAGAGGAGGUUUUUAUCUUCCUUAAAUUCUUCCGAGAUCAUACAUAUCUCGUCGCAUGGUUCGGAGAAUUACUCCUCUCCUUGGGAAUCUACCGUACUGGGUGACGAGUUCCGCGUUGUUGAUAUGGCAAAGAUAGGCACUAGAGCUUCCCUUGUGGCUUUCAGCUGCUGUCUCAGCGGUAAAGGCCAGAUAAGCUCCGGAGAUGACCUUGUUGGUUUUUCGCAUGCUGUACUUCAGUCCGGCUCGCUGGCAUUCAUUGGUGGCUUAUGGAAGGUUGAUGAUGCGACAACCAUGCUGCUGAUGCAUUUGUUCUAUAAGCAACUUGCGGCACAGCGCAAUGAUACAAAGGGUGGUGGUACUUGUCUAGCAGUUGCCUGGCAUCGGGCUGUGCGAGAGCUUUACCGACUUGACUCUCGGAGUGCAGGUACCAUACACGAUGAACUGGAGGAAAUGUGGAAGGCCACAAGGGGCAAGACAACCAGACCAGAAGGCAAUUUCACUAAUCUCAAGUACAUGAUGGAUCUGCUCAGGAGUAAGAUUGAUUCGGGAAAGUUGGAUUUCACACUUCCAUGUUAUUGGGCUCCGUUUUCUCUGGUUGGAUAUGGAAAUGCAGUGGUCCUUGGUCCGUUAGGGCAAAAAUAG